AUGACAAUAAACAGCCAAGAGCGCGCUCAACAAUGGACAGUAAAAGAAGAAGCAUCCCAACAAAUGGAUAAUUCGGAAGAUUUUAUAAAUCAGCCACAUCAAACUAUAAAUAUCCAGGAUGCUCUUUUAACUCGUUUGGAAGAGGCACGUCAGCAGUUUCCUGAACGUUUUUCAAAAUCAGUUCAGGUUCUAGCAGCUGUUGAUGAUACCAUAGAUGGUGAAUGGGAGCAACGAUUGCGACAGACAAAGGAAAAACUAACUGAAGUAUGUGUUAUGCUUAUUCCUUAUUACUUGGGAGAUUUUCAUUGGAUUGGAGUAUUAAUAAAAUAUAAAAUGGACGGACAGAUUGAAUGGGCCGAAUUUAUUGAUCCAGUGAAGAAUUCUACUUUUCAACCCGACAAGUUACAAAAACAAUUUACAAAAAUUUAUCCAGGUGUUAUUUUAAAGUCGAAAACUUUUCAAAAGCACAACGAUCAAAAACUUAGCGCACGGUUAACUAUUGAAAACUUAUUGAAAGCAGCCGAAAAAGCUGUACUUACAGAAGUACACAAUCCAAACACGCAUUAUUCGCCAAGUCAAAUGUUUGACAAUCCCAAAACAAAUGCUUAUUUGACUGAUGAUGAACAAACAAAAUGGCAGACAGUCGAAGAAAACGUUUUGACAGCAACUUCACUUGAAGGUAACAUUUUAAAACUUCGUUAUCCUACACAAACAUUACGCAGUGAAUUGGAAACACUGAAUAUUCAGGAGGCGUCUGAAUCACCAGUGAAAGUACCACGAACAGAAUCAGAAAUUGAGCAAUAUGAAAUGUUAAAAACACAGUUGGAAACUUGUUUAGCUGAAUACGAUAUCAGUAUUAAAGAGGAAUUUGAACAACUAGUAAUUCAGAAGAAACAAGAAGUUGAGUCACUAAAAAAAGAAGGGAAACACAAGGAUGCACAGAAGCGGCAGAAUUCUUUAUCAGAACUCGAAAUUGAAUUAUUAUUCGAUCGCAUAGAGGCUAUGAAACCUUCUCAUUCAAGUGUUAGCAAUGAAAACCCAGAAAAAAAGUCAAAGAAUGAUCAUCUAGAUGAUGAUUCAUCCAAGGAGUUUGAAAAGAAAGAAAUAGUUGAAAUGGUCAGUUGCAGAGUGGAGGAACGUUCGAUUACCGAAGAAAAUUUAAAGAACAUGCAGAAAGACUUUUCCUCAAUGCCAUUUUGUUCGGAAAGAUUCAUAAUCUGUCUUCUGUAUUAUAUUUCCUUAAAAUUAGUUGGUGACACAAUAGUCUCAGACGAUAGUAUCAAAGUACCUGAUCGAAUAGAGACAGAAAUAGAGAAAGAAUUUGAACAUUUGAGAGAGCGAUUAAAGAUCGAAGAACUAGAGUCUAAAGAAAUUCGAAAUUUAGUAGAAACAGCCUUCAUAAAUGUAAAAAAUGAUAAGUGGAAAGUGGCUUUAAUUACAUUGAAAAAACUGUUGGAGCGGAUCAGUCCGUUGGAUAUGGGAGAAUUGUUUAGGCUUAUUGAGAAAGUCGAGGAUGCAACACAGCUGAUAAAGGAUAAAGACAUCAUUCUUUUUUUGGGAGGAACUGGAACUGGUAAAUCGACUACUAUUCACUUUCUUGCAGGGUCUAAGAUGAUUGAACAGGAGGUGAAUGGAUUAAAUCACAUCGCUCCUACCGAAAUAAAAAACUCUGACCUGAAAAAAAUAACAAAUUCACCGUUUGCUCGAUCUGAAACUAGAUAUAUUACUUCUGUUAUAGUAAAUUUUAAGGAUGUUGGCGGGUACACUAAAGGCAGUAUUAUUCUAUGUGAUAGCCCAGGAUUCGGAGAUACUGGUGUAUUCGAAAAACGAAAGUUUGCUAAUCGGCGAUUAAACAGCUAUUUUUUUGCUUGUUGUCACAGAAUCACAGCAGAAAAAUCGCGAUUAGUUAUAAUUUUACGUCAAAAUCAUGAUAAAUUGGUAAA